AUGUCCUCAAAGCUGUUUUUCGACCCCAUGACUCUGUUCAGAGUCGCCCCCCUCGUGACGGCCUCCUUCUCGGUCUGCUUCUCUUGGGACCAGCAAUUCUUCCUCCAGAACUUCCUACACCCAACGACGAGAUCCAAAAUCGACGGCAUCUUACCUGCCUACUUCGAUACUUUCUUUCGCGCAGGCUUGCCGAGAGUUCUGGUGCUUUUCACCACGUCUACCGCCCUUGGCAUCGCCAACGCUGUGACGGGGAAGCCUAACACGUCGCGUUUCUACGUUGCUGGUGCGGUUCUCUCUGCCGCCCACUACCUCUUUGUCCCGUGGGUCAUGUAUCCUAUCAGGGCCAUCGUCCAUAAUGAGAGCCACGGCCGGAGCUCCGAGGACCUGGAGAAGUGGCUCGGGGUCCACACAACCCGUACUCUGCUCGUCGACGUGCCUGCAUGGGCGUGCUUCUUCUUGGCGAUCCUGGGGGCCGUCAGGGCCGUCUAG